AUGGCACGAGUCACUUAUCUUCUCGUGAUCGCGCUUCUCGUUCUUCCUAGCGUGGUGUUUGCGACACAGUAUGUUGUCGGAGAUGACGAAGGCUGGAAUUCAGGAGUUGAUUACUAUGCUUGGGUUGAGGGAAAAACAUUCUGUGUUGGAGAUUCAUUAGCUUUCAAUUACAAUGCAGGUGCCCACAAUGUGGUUGUAGUUGAUGCUAACGGGUAUGAUCAAUGUCUUGCGUCUCCAAACAACGGUGCCUAUAACAGCGGCCACGACGUACUGACGUUUAACGUUGCCGGGACUACUAUUUCAUAUGUGAAUGGCACUGCAAUCACACCGACCAGAAGCUUAAGGUCACCGUAA